AUGUGCUUUUCUGUGAUCCAUUCAGCAUUUACAAAGCUGAACAAAGAGCUAACAACAGCAGAAGAUUUUAUUGAGCAUUUGACUUUGUUGAACCAAACUUCUGAAUCACUACCAGUGCUGGAGGCUCAAUAUAACAAUCUCUCCCAACUCUGUUGUAUUGCAAGAUCAUAUGCCAUCUUUAUUCCAGCUGAGCAGGUUGCCCUAUAUCAGACCCUUUCUCGUAGCUUGCAUGAUCUUAAAUCAACUGUCUUAAUUUGUGAAAAAAGGAAGAAUGAUAAUAUUAUAAAAUUCAGUGGAGAUUUGGAUGGAUACAUUGACAGUCUACAGUUUGAACUUAAGAAAUUUAAAAACAAAGUUAGAAACCCGAUCCUCCUCCUCAGUGAAACACUGCCUAAGACAGCUAAAGAAAUGAUCCAAAAUCUUGUGGAAGAAGCUGCAGUCAUUUAUAGCAAAACCCAAAGUUAUGUUAAGUACCAGGAUUUCUUCUACAGUGCAGUUGCUGACAUGAGAACAGCAUCCUUGGAAAAGAUGUCACAGAAGAGUCAAGCUGGUGAUUCAAGUGCUCAGAGAGUCACCACAGAGCUUUCUGAGAUUGAAGAUGAAUUAACUUUGCGAAAACUAUUGUGGGAUUCACUUGAGGAAUGGGGAAAGCUUUCUUUUAGGUGGAAACACACCCUUUUUGAGAACCUUGAUGUAGAUUUAAUACAAAUGGAAGUUAGCAGAUUUAUGCAGAUAAUACAGAUACUAGAAAAAGGUUUACCAGAAAAUAAUAUAAUAACAGAUCUGAAGCAGUCAUUAAUUAAUUUUAAAGAAGUCUUGUCCGUCACUGUGUUUUUAAAAAGUCCAUAUCUUCAACAAAGGCAUUGGGAAAUUAUACAACGUAUUACUGGACAAUCAAUUUCUUGGGAUAAAAAGAUUACCUUGGAUACUGUUCUGGAACUCAAUAUGAUUCAGUACAAGAAAAAAAUAAAUGAAAUAUCAAUAACUGCUACAAAUGAAGCUACCCUUGAAAUAAUACUGAAUAAAAUAAUAGAUCUUUGGAACAAAACUGAUUUCCAUUUAUCUCCUCACUAUUUUGAAGCUUCAACUAUCAUGAUUAUUUCAUCAGCUGAAGAUAUAAUAGCUCAGUUAGAAGACUCUCAAGUAACAAUUUCAACAAUUAAGGGCUCCUGCUAUGUUGGACCAAUUAAGAAUCUUGUGGAUGGAUGGGAUCGUAAGUUGAAUCUUUUUGCUCACACUCUGGAGGAAUGGUUACUCUGUCAAAGGAACUGGAUGUAUCUUGAACCAAUCUUUCAUUCUGCAGAAAUACAAAGGCAGCUUCCAGAAGAAGCAACUCUUUUCUCUCAGGUCAAUAACAAAUGGAAAGAGAUCAUGGUACAUACAGAGGAAGACCCAAAUGCUCUUAGGGCAGCUACAGCUGCAGGAGUCCUUGAGAUGCUGCAGACCAACAAUGCACAUCUUGAGAAAAUACAGAAGUCAAUUGAGGAUUAUCUUGAAAUUAAGCGAAUGAUUUUCCCAAGAUUUUACUUUCUCAGCAAUGCCGAACUUCUUGACAUUUUAGCUGAAAGCAAAAAUCCUGAUGCUAUACAGCCUCAUCUUGUAAAAUGUUUUGCAAAUAUAAGGAAGCUAUAUAUACGCAGGCAUGAACAGAACCCUACAGUGGUGGUGAUGAUCAGAUCUGCUGAAGAAGAGACUCUUCAAGUGCCAAAGAGUGUUCGUGUCAGAGGUCCUGUUGAGCAGUGGCUAGGAAAUGUAGAAAGCAGCAUGUUUGAUAUGGUAAAAAGAUUUGUAAACCUUGGAAUCAUAGAGUGGAAUAAAGUGAAAUUUAAACAGUGGUUUCUGACUCAUCCAGGACAAGUGGUACUCCUUGUGAGCCAAAUCAUGUUUAAUAAGGAUUGUACAAGAAGCUUCCAGAGUUCUGACCAAAAAAAGGAAUGCAUGGGUGUUCAUGACAAAUUAGUGCAUUGUCUUGAGCAGCUUGCUGAGAUGGUGUCUGACAUUCUGCCACUUCACAAGCAAACCACACUGGAAGCAUUUCUUACUCUGUACAUCCACUGUAGAGACAUACUAUCUAGUCUGAUGGAGAAACAAAUCUUCAAACUGGAUGAUUUUGAAUGGACAAGGCAAUUGCGUUAUGAAUGGAGUGAAAUAAAUACCACAUGUAGGGUAGUUCAAGGUAAUGCCUCAUUUGUUUAUGGCUAUGAGUACUUGGGCUGUUCUUCUCGGUUGGUUAUUACGCCCCUCACUGACCGAUGCUGGUUAACCCUUACUGGAGCAUUGCACUUGAAUCUUGGAGGCUGUCCUGCUGGUCCAUCUGGCACAGGAAAAACAGAGACUGUCAAAGAUCUAUCAAAAGCCCUAGGAAAAUUCUGUGUGGUUUUUAACUGUUUUGAAGGUUUGGAUUAUAAGAUGAUGGGAAAACUUUUCUGUGGACUAGUUCAGUCUGGAGCGUGGUGUUGUUUUGAUGAAUUCAAUCGAAUAGAUAUAGAGGUUCUCUCUGUAAUUGCUUCACAGCUUCAGACAAUCAAGGCAGCAAAAGAUAGCCAUAUUGUCAGAUUUGUAUUGGAAGGAAAAGAAAUCCGUAUCAACACAACAUGUGGAAUCUUUAUUACUAUGAAUCAGGGAUACAAAGGUCGUGUAGAACUCCCAGACAAUUUAAAAUCUCUGUUUCGGCCUGUCUCAAUGAUGGUACCAGACUAUCAACUCAUUGCUGAAGUAAUGUUAUUUUCAGGAGGUUUCAAAUCAGCUAAAUCAUUGUCUGGGAAACUAGUCAAGCUUUAUCAAUUAGCUAGCAAUCAGUUGUCACAACAGGAUCAUUAUGAUUUUGGUAUGAGAGCCAUAAAGACAGUGUUAGUGAGGGCUGGAGAGAAGAAACAAGAGUUAAAAACAGAAAAUAAUCAAACAGGUCUUCAUGCAGAAGAAGAAGCUCUCGUUAUAAUCAGUGCUCUGAAAGAAACCAAUUUACCCAAGUUUCUCACAGAAGAUGUCCCACUGUUUGAGAAUAUUAUGGCUGAUCUGUUUCCAGAAAUUGUGGUUCCAAAUACAAAUACUAGCAGACUAGAGAAAGCAAUAGCUGCUGCAACACAACAGCUGUGCUUGCAGCCUUGGCUAUCUCAAAUAGAGAAAGUUAUACAGUUUUACAAUCAAAUUCUGACUCGAGUUGGUGUGAUGUUAGUAGGCCCUACAGGUGGAGGGAAAACUACUGUUAGAACAAUUUUAGAGACAGCUUUGGUACUUUUACCUACUGUACAUUUGGAAAAAAAGUCUAAUACUGAUCCAGUUUUGCAGAACUCAACAAAGAAGGGAAAAGUAGAAACCUUUGUUAUAAACCCUAAGUGUGUCAGUCUUGGAGAGCUCUUUGGACAGACUGAUCCUAGCACCAUGGAGUGGUCUGAUGGUCUGUUGGCAUCAGCAGUUCGAACAUUUGCAAAACAUUCCAUCAAAAAACCAAAAAAAAAGGAGGCAAAUACUGAUGCCAUCUCAGAGAUUCAGGACUGUUAUACUUUGAACACCUUGGAACAAACCAAUUCUUCAGUGGCAGUAAGAAGCAAACAAGCAACAACAUUUCCUUAUAAUGACUGUGAAACUAAUAAUGACUGGCAGUGGAUAAUUUUGGAUGGCCCAGUAGACACAAUUUGGAUAGAAAACUUAAAUACUGUUCUAGAUGACACUAGAAUGCUCUGUCUUGCUAACAGUGAAAGAAUUAACUUGCCAUCAAGGAUCAGAAUGAUAUUUGAAGUGGAUAGUCUCUCUCAGGCUAGCCCUGCUACUGUCAGUAGAUGUGCAAUGGUUUUUGUGGAUCCAACUAAUCUGGGAUGGGAACCAUACGUUAAGACUUGGCUAUUGAAGAUCUCCAGAAUCAUUCCACAAAGUGGUGUAAAGGUCCUUGAAAGUUUAUUUGAAAUAAGCAUGGAAAAAGGCCUAAACUUUUUAGAUAGACACAAGAAAAUGCAGCCAUUUCCUGUUCAGCAGAUGGGACUUGUAAUGAAUCUCUGCAGAAUCCUUGGUGCUUUUAUUGAUAUAAUGAGAAAAAAUGGAGGCUUUGGUCACAGUGUGGAAAGCAAGGAUGGUCUUGUAGGUACUUCAAAACUGCCACAAACAAUGGAAUCCAAAGCACUGAUUACAAAGGCCACCCUAGAAAAGAAAAGAUCUCCCUCUGUCCUCUCUGCCCUCUCCACAGCCGGACUUCCAGAUCUCUUCCUCAAGGAAGAUAAGAAAUGGUUCCUGGAAAAAUAUCCUGACAAACUGCCAUCUCUGUUAGGAAAACUCUAUGUAUUUGCAUUUACUUGGGCAGUUGGUGGAGUUUUAAGAAGAGAAGAUGAUUAUGAGGAGGACUCUUUGAUUGGCAUAAAUACCACAGAUGAAUGUCUUGUAAAUGUAACACACAGUUUCAAUAAUCUUGUUCGUGAUAUAUUUGAAGGAGAACCACCUACUGGUGUUCAGUUUCCAUCAGGAGACAGGGUUAUCUUUGCUUAUUUUGUGGAUUUACAAACAGGUGAUUUUGCACCAUGGACAGACUUAGUUCCUACCACUCAGUUCUUAAUUCAGCAAGCUACUACAGCCACUUCAGAUCCUCCAACAUUUAGGAGUGAUGAAAUGAAGAGCCAAGGAAGUCAAACCGAGAUUCUUAAAUUUAUUCCAAAUAUGGACACAAUUUGCUAUUCUUUUCUAACAAGCCUUCUUUUAAUGAAUAAACAUCCAGUACUUAUCACAGGAGACUCUGGCAUUGGAAAGACUGCAAUGAUUCAGCACAUGCUUGAAAGACUUCAGAAAAAAGGAGGAUUAUCUGUGACAUCUGGAACAAUUUUAGGAGAUGUCUUCUUACACAGUGAAACUAAAAGAGCAAGUCUGUUGAAAAAUACCAGUCGCAUAACAUCUGACAUACACCGGGGUGCCUGGAGAAAGACAUGGGCCUCAAUUGGAGACUCAGCUUUCAAGUUGAUCAAAAGGCCAUAUUCUGCAACUGGUAAUAUCACAUUGUCAUCUGAAAGUAACCAGGUUGUGAUUGUUACCAAAAUACAGUUUGGUGCCCAUACCAGUGCUGCUCAAACCCAGACAUGGAUUCUUCAGAAAUUAAUCCUAAAAAGUAAAGAUGUUCUGGGUGCUCCAAAAUCCAAACAGGUGCUAGUGUUCAUUGAUGACCUGAACAUGCCAAUGCCAGAGGAGUACGGUGCCCAGCCUCCACUUGAAUCACUCAGGCAAUUUUUAGAUUUAGGAGGAUUUUAUAACAGUAAACAACUUGCAUGGAAGAAUGUCCAGGAUGUCUCCUUGGUAGCAAACUGCGCUCCUGCAAGUGGUGGAAGAAGUGAGAUUAGCCCACGUCUUCUGUCACACUUCUCCAUAUUAGCUCUUCCUCAACCUUGCUUACAGUCCUUACAACGUAUUUUCCAGGUUCAUCUGGGAACAUACCUGUAUAACAAUAGAUUCUUAUAUGAGGUCCAGAAAUGCAGUGAUCUUUUAACAUCCUCUUCCAUAGCUAUAUACUAUAAUAUGUGCCACAGAAUGCUUCCUACUCCAGCUAAGUGUCACUACACAUUUAAUCUAAGAGAUCUCUUCAAGGUGCUACAAGGGUUGUUGCAAGCCCAUCGGUCAAUUAUUGUCUCAAAAGAAACCACAGCCCUUCUCUUUGUGCAUGAAACAACCCGAGUAUUCCACGAUCGUCUGACUGAACUUGCUGAAAGAGAGAUUUUUCAUAAUUUCCUGUCAAAUGAACUAUGUAACUAUUUUAAGAUUGUAUGGACCAAAGAAAAACUAAUGGAGGAAUCAACUAUAUUUGCUGAUUUUCUAGAUAUGAACAUGCCUCUUGGAAGUAGGAUUUAUCGAAAUAUCACUAACUAUAAAAAACUUGUUUCUGUCUUAGAAGCAUUCCAUAUGAAAAUGAGUUCAACAAAUAAUGAGACUACAAUGGUGUUCUUUAAGGAAGCUGUAGAACACAUUACAAGAGCUGCUAGAGUUUUUCGACAGCCAGGUGCUCACAUGAUCCUGAUUGGACUGGAUGGAAAUGGGAAAGUAACAUGUGUGACUCUAGCCUGCUAUUUAUCAAACUGCAGUCUUUUUAGGUUGUCUAUUACGCACAGUUAUACUUACUCAGAUUUCAGAGAGGACCUGAAAAAAGUCUAUAGGCAAACAGGGCUGGAGGGACAGAGGACUGUUUUUCUUAUCACUGAUUCAGACAUACUGAAGGAAUGUUUUUUAGAAGAUUUGAGCUAUAUUCUGAAUUCUGGAGAAGUACCUGACUUAUUUGACAAAGAAGAGGUAGAAGAUAUUGUUGUGAAGCUUACAGCUGUUGCCGAAAAGGCUAACUACACUAAUAGCAGAGAAGCUAUUCUUUCUUUUUUUCUGCAGAGAGUUCAUAGCAACCUUCAUAUUGUUUUGACAUCAAGUCCUGCAGGGCAUAAUUUCCGUCAGCAUUGCCGGACAUAUCCUGCCAUUAUUAAUUGUUGUACAGUUGAUUGGUAUGAGAACUGGCCUGAAGAAGCUCUCCUGCAUGUUGCAAAAAACUACUUAAGUCAAAAGAAUAUUUUUGAUGAAAAUGAGACCUUAACAAACAGGGUUACUGACAUGUGUGUUGAAGUCCACAAAAAUAUAUCAACAAUAGUUGAGAAAUAUUUGAAGGAAACUAAGAGGCAUUACUAUGUCACUCCCAGUAGCUAUUUGCAGUUCAUAAACACCUUUUCCAGAAUAUUACAGAUCACAAAAAAGAAAAUUCUGAUUAACAGGGAUUGUUUUCAAAAUGGUCUAACCAAGCUUCUGGAAGCAACAUCAUUAGUUGCAGAAAUGCAGGAAGAGUUGUUUGUUCUUGGCCCUCAAAUAGAGCAAAAAUCAAAGGAAACAGAAGAACUUGUGGAAAAACUUCGUAGAGACUCAGUAGUAGUGGAACAGGUUCGAAUGCUUGUCAAACAGGAUGAAGAAAUCAUGGCUGAAGAAACAAACGUUGUGGAACAAUAUGCUAAGCAAGCUACAGAGGAGCUAAAUGCUGUAAUGCCAACUUUAGAAAAGGCUCUUACUGCUUUAGAUGCACUGGACAAAGCCCACAUUGCAGAACUCAGAGUGUAUACUCACCCUCCUCCUCUUGUACUAACUGUUAUGAAUGCAGUCUGUAUUCUUCUGCAGAAGAAACCUACUUGGGCAACAGCAAAACACCUUCUUGCAGAUCCAGGAUUCCUCAAAACAUUGGUUACUUUGGAUAAAGAUAAUCUACCAGAAAAGGUAUUUCUGCAGUUGAAAAGCUACAUAAAAUCACCUGAUUUUAGUCCAUCAAAACUUGGAUUUGUGUCCAUUGCCUGUUGCUCUAUGUGUCAAUGGAUUUUAGCUUUAGAUCACUACCAUGAAGUUCAAAAGGUAGUGCAUCCAAAACAAGUCCGUGUGACAGAAGCUCAGGAAGUACUGAGGCUAGCUCAUCAAAAACUAGCAGAAAAACAAAGAAGUUUAGCCCUGAUUGAAGAACAUCAGCGGAAUUUAGAGGCAAGAUAUGAAGAGAGUGCAGCUGAGAAAGCGAUGCUAGCAACUCGAAAAGAACUAGCAACUCAGCGUCUGAAUAGAGCAUCUGUAUUAAGCACUGCUCUGGAGGAUGAGAUGGAGCGAUGGAAGAAAGCAGUUAAUAAUUUAAACCAAAAGCUACAUGGUAUCAUGGGUGAUGCCCUUAUUUCAGCAGCAUCUCUAGUCUACAGUGGAGUGUUAACAUCAGAAUAUCGUCAGCAGCUAGCGAAUGAAUGUCUGAGAUUGUGUAAUGAGAACAUGAUUCCCAUGUCGCCAAAUUAUUCUCUAAUAGCAGCUAUGACAGAAAAGAAUGAGGUCAGAAAAUGGCAAAAUGAAGGUUUACCUCAGGACCAGUACUCCACUGAAAAUGCUAUUCUUGUCAAGUAUGGGUGGCGAUGGCCUUUACUAAUUGAUCCACAGAGACAGGCUUGUAAAUGGAUAUGUCAAAUGGCAGGGGGCAAGUUGCGACAAAUUCAUGCUUCGGAUUCCAGUUACUUAAGAACUCUUGAAAAUGCAGUGCGAGUUGGAGAAUCUGUUUUACUUAAGGAUCUUGCUGAAACAUUGGAUUCAAGUUUGGAGCCAAUCUUAAAAAAGGAAGUCUACAAUAAAGUAGGUAAAGAUUACAUCAGAAUUGCAGGUUCUGAAAUUGAAUACAACCACAACUUCAGAUUAUACAUGACAACACAAAAAGCCAACCCCCAUUUCCUCCCAGCGGUUUGUAACCUGGUCACAAUGAUCAACUUCACUGUAACAUUCCAAAGCUUGCAAGACCAUCUCUUGUCUACUGUAGUAAUUCAUGAGACACCCCAAUUAGAGCAACAACAUUAUCAGUUAUUUGAGAGUAUCUCUGCUGACCUAGUCAUGCUCCGAGACUUGGAACAAAAGUCUCUGACACUGCUACAGAAAGCAGAAGGGCACAUACUAGAUGACCAAGACCUCCUUGACAACUUAGAAAGAACAAAAGUUACUUCAAAAGAGAUCUCUGAACGCAUUGAAGCAUCAGCAAAAACAGAGGCCACCAUUGAAAAAGCACGCAAAAGCUAUCUCCCUGUUGCAACUCGAGGUGCUGUACUCUACUUUGUGGUAGCAGAUCUUGUUAAAAUCAACUAUAUGUAUCAGUUUUCACUGGAAUGGUUCCAUAAAAUCUUUGUAGAAUCUGUGGAGUCUAUAAAUAAACUUCAGAGGCAGAUUUCAAUGUCAGAUUCAACUUCUUCUGUAUCUGGAACAGUACAAGCCCCUAGUAGGCUAAGCAGAAGGGAGUUCAUUCAGAAGGACUGUGAAAAAUACGAGGAUGAGAAAGACAACUUUAAUAGACAUCUUAAAGAUAUAAUUGACCUGUUGACAAGUAAUGUUUAUAAGAUAGUUUCUUCUGCCCUCUUCACUAAAGCCCAACUUUGCUUCUCUUUUCUGCUCUGUGCUACAAUCAUGCAAAAUAACUAUAGUGAAAAUCAAGUCCAUGAUGAACUUGGAUUCCUACCUGAAAAUGAAUGGAAAACCUUCCUCUACUCUCACACAUUAUCUACGAUAUUUGCCACACAAUCAGAGUCUGAAGAUAAAGGUUCAUAUAUGUUUAAUAAAAGUCCUCAUCUUUUGUGGAUGACUGAAUCUAUGUGGAAGGAAUGUCAAUACAUGAGUGCUCAUCUGCAGCCUUUCAGUCUUUUGUGUGAAUCCCUUGUGUCAAAUUCCCAACAGUGGAGCUUCUUCCUAAACAGCAAUAAUUUAUAUUCUUUACUUAGCACCUGUUACAUGUCAGCAUCAUCACAGCAAGAUCUGCAAUCAGAAGUAAUUGAAGAAACCACUGAUCUCAAUAGUGCCUUGGUAAAUUUUCCCUGGGAGAGUCUUUCUUCAUUUCAAAGACUUAUACUGAUAAAAAUUCUCAGACCAGAAAGUUUAAAUGGUGCAGUACAAGAAUUUGUCACUGAGAAAUUAGGAGCCAGGUUUCUUCAGACUAGAGGGAUUAAUCUGAAAGAAGUUUAUGAAGAUUCCUGUGCCAGCAGCCCCCUAAUAUUUAUUCAUUCUCCUGGAACAGACCCAACUGUUCAUCUCCUACGCCUUGCACAGGAACUAAAAGGAAACACAAAGCAUGUGAAAAUGGUUUCUUUGGGACGUGGGCAGGGGAGCAAGGCUGAAGAGUUGAUAUAUCAGGCACAGAUUGUGAGCGGACAAUGGGUGUUUCUCCAAAACUGCCACCUUGCUACAUCAUUUAUGCCCAGGCUUUGUACUAUUGUUGAUUCAUUUACCCAACCAAAUAUAAACAUGGACCCUCAGUUUAGACUUUGGUUAAGCUCCACACCCAAUCCUUCUUUCCCUGUUCCUAUUCUGCAGAAAGGUUUUAAGAUGGCUGUAGAACCACCUCAAGGUUUGAAAGGAAAAUUACUUCAAACAUUUGGAUACAGUGGCAGUGGAGAGGUAACUGAAAAUAUCUUCAACAAGGCUGCAUUUGGGCCAUCGUGGAAAAAGCUGCUUUUCAGUUUGUGUUUCUUUAAUGCUGUUGUCCAAGAAAGAAAGAAGUAUGGAGCUUUGGGCUGGAAUAUCCCGUAUGAAUUUAACUCUUCAGAUUUAGAGAUUUCCAUACAGAUGCUGAGAAUGCUUUUGAAGAGCCAAGAAAAGGUUCCUUGGCCAGCAUUGCGUUAUUUGACUGGAGAAGUAACCUAUGGAGGUCGUGUGACUGAUCACUGGGACCAACGUUGCUUGCUCAGUAUUCUGGACAAUUUCUAUAACCCUGCCAUUCUGCAGGAAGGUUUUGCUUAUUCUUGUGAUCGGGUAUAUAGACCGAUAUCUGAAACAGACAGCUUAGAGGAUUGCAGAAUAUAUCUAGAGUCUCUACCAGACACAGAUCCACCAGAACUAUUUGGAAUGCAUGCCUGUGCUGAAAGAGCCUUUCUGGAGUCUCAGGCGCAAGCCCUUGUUGAUACCCUUGCCAGUUUGCAGCCAGGAGUCAUGAUGGACACCCUGAUAAUCAGUGGUAGAAAGAGCCAGGAUGAAUUAGUACUGGAAAGAGCAUCUGACAUUCUAAGGCAGCUGCCCCUGACUGUAGAGGAGCAAGAUACAGAACUGACACCUAGAAGUGAAAGCACCUCCAAAAGUAGAGUUACACUGGAGCGCCUCAUGUCAGGACCUACUUGGGCUGCUCUUGCAAAAGCCACUAAAGGACACAAUCCCUUUAUGAAUUCAGCUUUGUUAACUGUUCUCCGGCAAGAGAUUGACCGAUUUAAUCAUUUACUGGCUGUAGUAAUUCUGUCAUUGCAAUCACUUCAGCAUGCUACUAAAGGGAAGAUUGUCCUCACCCAAGGGUUAGAAGAGCUUUAUCACUCAUUGCUGAGAUCCAGAGUACCUGAGCUUUGGCAGCAAUACUCCUAUAAGUCCUGUAAACCUUUGGGAUCAUGGAUUGAUGACCUUAUCUUGCGAGUGAAUUUCUUUGCAACCUGGGCACACCAGGCCAUCAGCUAUAUACAACUAAGGUAUAACAAUUUAACGAUGUUGCAGAAGCAAGCCAAAGCAUCCGGGAUACCAUUUUUGUCACAAAUAAGUGAGAAUCCUAGCACUGGCGUUCAAGGAUCCCCUAAUCAAUUCUGGCUUCCAGGAUUUUUCUUCCCACAAGGCUUUCUUACUGCCGUGCUUCAGAACUAUGCUCGCCAGAAUGGCAUACCGGUGGAUACUCUUACAUUUGUCCAUAGAGUUCUCCCAGUGGCUGAGGAUGAAGAAUGUCAUCUCAGAGAUACAAAGAGAAAACAGAAUAUACUUCUCGCUGCUUUUAAGGGAUCUGCCCCCCCUGAAAAUGGUGUUCUAGUUUUUGGCUUAUAUAUAGAUAGUGCACGAUGGAACACAACUACCAAUCUGCUGGAAGAGCCCUGGCUUCAGGAGAGAUUUUACCCAUUCCCCAAAAUGGUUUUUAUACCACACAAGGUUAACACUUGUCCAGAAGAACAAGACAACCUAAGACUUUAUGAAUGUCCACUUUACCAAACUCCCCAAAGAGCUGGAAUACUGUCAUCAACAGGUCUGUCCACUAACUUUGUAACUACAAUCAAUCUGCCAACCCUAAGAACUCCAAGCUAUUGGAUAACAAGAGGGGUUGCAUUGUUAUGUCAACUGGAUCAUUAAAAUUGGGGAAGGGGAAGGCGGGGGGAUUGGGUAGGAGGAGCAAAAGUUCCUAAACUCCAUCUGGUGGAAAGGUGUUUUAGUCUCUUGAAAGAAUGGUUAUACUGUGGAAACUAUCAGCAGUUCAUCUGGGCUCUUUAUAGAAUACAAGUGCUAUUUAAAAGGAGAAGGAAGUACUUUAAAAAAUGUGAAAAUCCACUCCUUAGCUUAAAUAAAUCUUAUGUAUAUCAAACUAUG